AUGGCUGAACCCCUAUAUCCCGCGGCGCGCGCCGACCUGCGCAACGUGGCCAUCAUCGCCCAUGUCGACCAUGGCAAGACCACCCUCGUCGACGCCAUGCUGUGGCAGUCGGGCGCCUUCCGGUCCAACGAGACCGUCAACGAGCGGGUCAUGGACUCGAUGGACCUCGAGCGCGAGAAGGGCAUCACGAUCCUGGCCAAGAACACCGCGGUCGAGCGGGCCCUGACGAUGGUGGACGGCGUCCUGCUCCUGGUCGACUCGAGCGAGGGCCCGCUGCCGCAGACGCGCUUCGUGCUUCGCAAGGCGCUGGAGCUCGAGCUGCCCGUCGUGCUGGUCAUCAACAAGAUCGACCGGCCCGACGCCCGCAUCGCCGAGGUCGUCGACGAGGUGUACGAGCUGUUCCUCGACCUCGACGCGACCGAGGAUCAGAUCGACUUCCCGAUCGUGUACGCCAACGCCCGCCGGGGCACGGCGACGCUCGACCCCGACCGAGCCGGGCACCGACCUGCGCCCCAUGUUCGAGACGCUGCUGGAGACCGUCCCCGCGCCCCGCCACGAUCCGCAGCGGCCGCUCCAGGCCUGGGUCACCAACCUCGACGCCAGCCCGUAUGUGGGCCGCAUCGCCAUGUGCCGGGUCAUGCACGGAACCAUCAGGCGAGGCCAGAGCGUGGCCUGGUGCCGCACCGACGGCACGUCGCCACCGCCAAGAUCACCGAGCUGUACGUCACCGAGAGCCUCGACCGGGUGGACGCGGCCGAGGCCGGCGCGGGCGAGAUCAUCGCCAUCUCCGGCAUCGCCGACAUCACCAUCGGCGAGACGCUGGCAGACCUCGCCGACCCUGUGCCGCUGCCCGCCAUCACGGUGGACGAGCCGAGCCUGUCGAUCACCAUCGGCACCAACACCUCUCCCAUGGCCGGGCUCGAGGGCGCCAAGGUGACGGCCCGCCUCAUCAAGAACCGCCUCGACGCCGAGCUGGUCGGCAACGUGUCGAUCCGGCUCGCGGUGCUGGUGGAGAUCAUGCGCCGCGAGGGCUUCGAGAUGACCGUGGGCAAGCCCAGGGUCAUCACCCGCACCAUCGACGAGCGGCUCCACGAGCCGACCGAGCGCAUCACCAUCGACAUCCCCGAGAGCUUCGUGGGAGCGGUGACGCAGCUCCUCGGCGAGCGCAAGGCCGACAUGGUGACCAUGACCAACCACGGCACCGGCUGGGUGCGGCUCGACUACAUCGUGGCGGCCCGGGGCCUCAUCGGGUUCCGCACCGAGUUCCUGACCGAGACCCGGGGCACGGGCCUGGCGACCAGUGUCUUCGAGGGCUACACGCCGUGGCUGGGCGAGCUCCGCACCCGCCGCUCGGGCUCGAUCGUCUCCGACCGCCGCGGCGCGGUGACCGGCUAUGCCAUAGCCGCCGUGCAGGAGCGGGCCUCGCUGUUCGUCGCCCCCGGCGAGGAGGUGUAUGAGGGGAUGGUCAUAGGCGAGAACCCGCGCCCCGAGGACAUGGACGUCAACAUCUGCCGGGAGAAGAAGCAGACCAACAUUCGGGCCGCGGCCUCCGACGACACGGUGCGCCUGACCCCGCCCCGCGUCCUGUCGCUGGAGCAGGCGCUCGAGUUCAUCGCCGACGACGAGUGCGUCGAGGUCACCCCGCAGACGAUCCGCCUGCGCAAGGAGAUCCUCGACGCCGACGUGCGGGGCCGUCACCGCAAGCGCCUGCAACGCAACCGCAGCGCGGUGUAG